CAAAUAAAUAAAUAUAAGUUACAAAAACAAAAUAUUUAAUACAUUGACUAUUACUGUAUAUAUUUAACUAUAAUAGUUAAUUAUAAAUGAUAUAUUAAAAAUGCCCGGUUAUGAUUGCGACCGAUUUGUUAAUCUGAGUCUAGCCGAUAGGGCUGAGCUAACGUGCAGUAUAUGUCAAGACAUUUUUUGCUGUCCGGUUAUUGCCCAGUGCUGUCUCCAGACAUUUUGCGAAGACUGUAUCAACAAUUGGCUGUCAACUAACAAUACCUGUCCAUAUGAUAGAAAAACGCUUACGAGUGCUACAUUGUCACGACCACCCAGAGUUAUGGUCAAUAUGUUAGGAAAACUUAAAAUCAAAUGUGAUUUCAGAGAUAAGGGCUGUAAAGAAGUGAUAUCAUUAGAGGAUCUGUCAAAUCAUGUCAUCAAAUGUCGAUAUAAUGUACAGAAAGAGAUUAAAAAAUGCAAGAAAUGUUUUUGUGAGAUCCAAAAGACUGGACACGACUGUAUCAAAGCAUUGCUUGAAUUGAAUCGUAAGGCCAAUGGAGAAAUUGAAACAUUGAAACGUAAACCACAACCAUCAGCGGUUCCAUUGAGAGCUCCGGCACCACCCGUACCCACAGUAACACCUACUAGACCUACCAGUUUGCUAACAACAAGUAGUGUACUGUCAGCCUCUUUAAGGGAACAGUCUUUGUUAAGAGAAAUACGUGAAUUAAAGGCCGAAAAGGAGAACUUCUUGAAAACAAUUCAAGACUUAACUAACAGUCAAGAAUUGACUACAAGAAUCAGCGCUCUUCCGCCAAUUAACCAAAGAGUGGCCGCAAUUACAGUUAACUCACAAUCGACAUCUAUUGUUUUUUUGCAGAUGUCUGAACAGGAGAUAUUCAACGAGUGUCGGAAGCAUUUGUGGUCACACGAAGUGAUGCAAAAUGAGAUGAACAAAGAGAUGACACAAAAAGUGUUGUCAAUUGUUAGGUCGCAAAUCAAAGAGUAUAACAGUGUGUUUUUGGUUUGCAAAAACAUUGUUGAAUCACUCAAUGAUGAGUUUGGCCAUCGAUGGCAUUGCAGUGCCGACUAUAAGAUGGGUUUAAAAAGUUAUUUUAUGUUUGAAUCGGGUUUUCUUAUUAAAGUAAAAUUUGGUUUACUAUUCUUUGAAAUUUAUAAGACACAAUUUCUAAACGUCCAAACAAUGAGAAAACGGUUCAAAAAUGGUAAAAUAAAGCGAGAAAUACAAAUAUUAAAGACAGAUAUGAAACAGAGUAUGAUAUCGGACGUCAAAAAGAUUACAUUUGCUGCCAUUGAAAAAUCAGAAACACUGACAGCACUGUCAUCGGAAAUCAAGACUCAUAUGGAGAAGCGAUACCCGGAGCGCAAGUGGCAGUGCUUUAUGUUUGGCUACUUCGGUGUGUUUGGCAUUCACCACACGUGCGGAUCAUUUAUCAGCUUCGAUGUCGGACAGCUUACGGUCACCUUAUUUCAGGCCAGCAAUGAUUGAUCCAAAUUUAAGAUUCAAACUAUUCAUGUAAUUUCUAUUUUAAUAUAUACCGUAAUAUAUUUAUUACAAAUA